AUGUUUGUCUUUGUGUGCGAACCACGGGGCAGUGAAGGUCUCCUCGUUACAGAACGUGCCUGUGAGAAUCAGCUACCAUUUCUUCACAGUUUCUCUCUCCCCUUGCAAAACGCUCCAUCACUGCUUGCCCUUGGCCAGUCCUCCCCAAGUCUUGGAACCUGGCCCUGGGAGAGGAGGACUGUGCUGCUGCUUUCCGCAGAGACAGACGCCGCCCCGCUGCUGUCCAUUCUUUUCUCUCCCCCCUCGCCCUCCCCCGGUGUUCUCAUGCCCUUCUGUGUGGUGGGUGGGAGCACCCUGGCAGGGCGGGUGGUGGAGGGCGACGAGGAUGCGUUCAUGCGUGCUGUGAGAGAGGCGGUGCAGGAGGAGGACAGAAAGGGUGUAGUGGCAGGACAAGACGAGGGGAGGGGAGAAGGGGAGGAGCAAGAUGGAUUGAGGGGAGAGGGAGACGAGCAAGAGGAGGGGAGGGGAGACGGAGAGGAGCAGGAGACGAGGUGGGGUGUGGAGAGGGAAACAAGGUGCCCAGCGUUCGUACAGGAGCAAUCAGCAGAGGAAGCAAGAGCCUCUGUGGGUGGUAGCAGUGGGGAUGGGAGAGAUGCGGGAGGCAUGGAGGCAUGCCAGGGCCAGAGCCACAGGGGCGACCAUGGAAGCAGGGAGAGGGGAGCACAGUCAGCGAGGGCAGGGGAGAGCGGGGGGAAAGAGGGCCUGCCCUCGUGUGACGGCUUGCCUGUGCUUUCCUCUGCUGCCGCUCACCACCUGUCCCUGCAUAGCCUCGCAGCAGUGCGGCGCCAGUGGGAUGCCUUCCUGCUGCCCCUGCCUUGCUCUGCCCCAACCCCUCACCCCCAAGUACCCCGGCGCCCUCUAGGCGCUCUCGUCCCUUCCACCUCUCACACCCCUCACACCCGUCAGCUCCUCGCAGCAACCUCCUUCAUGCGUGAAGGCUCUAUCAUGCGUAGUAAGCACCCUGCAAGCGCGCCGCCUCCUCUCCCUAACCUCCAGGUUACCAACUUUGGGCGCAUCAACCCGCUUGGUGACGAUAUCCGUGUAGACAUGGCGAAAGAGAAGCGCCAACCGGCGGGAUGCUCCAACGCCGGCUCAGGAUCAAGUUGUGACGAGGAUGAGGGCGACGAAGGCGAAGGCGACGAAGAUCAUGGCGACGAGGAGGAAGAGGAUUGGCCGGAGAACGGUCACGACGACAGCGAAUCUGGCGACGAGGUGCCAGCCGGAGGCCUCGACGAUGACGAGUGGUGGAUGCGGCCGAUCAGCUCUGGCGACGAUGUGGAAGAGUGGCGCGCCGGUGACGAUGACGACGACGGAGGCGCGAAUGCGGUUGCUGAUGUGGCGGCAGAUGCGACGGUAGAAGCUCAGGUGGUGCUCUCGGACGAAGACAGCCCUGCUGAGGAGCAGCGACCCCGCCUCUCCGCUGCUAACAAGGGGAAGGGUAAGGUGGUGGAGGUGCCUGCUAAGGUCGCCCCUCGCGUCCGCCAAAGUAAGAAGAAGCGCAAGGAUGAUGGUGACCCGGGUUCAAGCAAAGGCGCGAAGAAGCAGAAGAAGGCCGGGAAGAGCAAAGACGACAUCCUGGUCAACGAGGCGCUCGGCAGUGACGACGAAUACGCGGAGGCUGCAGGCCCCAUGCCUUCGUUCCCUGAAAAGGCGAAGCUAAAAGAUCCCACCAUCCGUAAUGCGGAGGCGUGGGAUCAAGUCCCCAGGCAGGUGAUCAUUGAUGCGUUCCGCCACUACGGCAUCUCAAGAAAGCUGGAUGGGACCGAGAACCAUCUAGUGAUGUCCCACCUGCGCGCGAGGAGCACCACCGAUGUCACCGAAGACAUGUGCCUCGGGGGCACCACGGGCGACAACACGCGCCUGCUUGGGAAGGCUCCCGAGGAGGAUGAGGAGGAGGAGGAGGAGGAGGAGGAGGAGGAGGAGGAGGAGGAGGAGGAGGAGGAGGAGGAGGAGGAGGAGGAGGAGGAGGAGAUGCAGGCGGAGGGUGUGAUGGAGGUGGCCGUGGCCACCGGCCUGGAGGUGCUGUGCCAGGAGACCCCCCACUACUGGGGAGCGGCGGCCGAGGCUGACCGCAUGAUCGAGCCGGUGCAGACGGCCAAGCAUGCAUGGCGAGUGCCAGACUUGGAGAUGCAGGAGCCAGGAUCUGCUAGUGCAGAUGAGGAGGGCGUAACCGAGGGGGGCUAG